CGAUAACGCUAAUUUGAAAACAAAAAAAACGGACUGGAGAGAACUAUCAAUAAAAUAUGGGGGAACCGCAGCAACGCGGCGAACAGCGCCACAAGGUCCCGUCCAGCGGCAAUGGCUUCGAGGCGGCGACGCCAGUGCUGCACGACUCGGAUGACAUCAAGAUUCACAGCAUCAUGGGGCAGGUGGUGAGCUCGGUUCGCGAGAAGAUCCACGUGAACGCGAUCCGCAACGUCUUCGUUUGCAUGGGUGUGGGCGAAGAACGUCCGUUCGGCAUCCCAAAGCCACCGCAAAUCGCUCCGCGCUUGCAGCACAACCUCCAGUUUUUCCUCGUAAACUACAUCCUGCUGUUCACGGUCGUGUUGUUUUGCAUCCUCGUGUUCCAUCCGUGGUCGCUGCUGUGCGUCCUUGCCACCACCGGGGCGUGGGGGGCAUUUGCUGUCCAGCGCAAGCAUCUUCAGCAGCUGUACAAGAACGGGCUCAAAGAAGAACAUCUCGUGUACACCAUGCUCGCAGCAACGCUCGUCGUGUUUGCAUUCUUCCUCCUCCCGUCGCUUAUCACUGCCCUCGGCGUCAGCGGGGGUGUGAACGUCGUGCAUGCGUUUUUCCGCGACAGCUCCCACCUCGUCCAUCGUACUGAUCCGACGGUAACCGACGUGCCCAGUGACCAACUCGUGUAGAUAACAUGGAAACAUUGAUUAUAUGACGGAGAUCCACCCGUGGAACUCUUCGUCGUCAUACUGCGUGGCCACCACAUACGCAUUGUCGUGGGAUGGCGGCGCGAGGGGAAGCCGCCGUGAAUACCGCCGCCCUUCGGGCCAUUUGGAGAAGCAAAAGUUUUGCUCGAUAAUGUCCACGUGGGUGUCGGUGGCAUCGACGACCACGGCGACGUGACCUGUUGGAGCAUGGCGACCCACUGCUUUCCAAAGGAGUAACGAACCCUUAGUCGGUCGAGAUUUCGCCGUGCCAUGGGGAACCCGUCGCGUCGGAACUAAUGACCGAGAAGCGGCGUGGCGGAACACGGCCGCGUCAAACAUGUCGUGCGCGGUGGGGAUGCAGUCGAAUGUGAUGCGGUGGUGCUGCAACAGAUAUCGCCGCGCGAGCUCGACGCAUUGCCAUUGCACCCCCGUGCAAUGCCCUUGGAAUGUCGCGCGUUCCAUGUCAAGGGCUGACUUGUUGUCAGGAAGCAAGCACGACUUGACGUCGACACCUUCAAACGUCCCAAGGAUCGUUCCGAACGGUUCACUGCCAUCGUUGGUCGCUGAAGAGGUAGUCGUGGGAGGAGCAGGUAGGUGGUGGUGGACAAGAGGAGCAAGGGAUUGGGGUUGCGGGGAUGUCGUGUGUAGUUGGUUCGAGACAUGCAGCGCAGCUUUGGACGUGUCCGUG